UUAUUUGUCUUAGUUUUAAAGUGUGUUUUGAAGCACUAUGACUUGAAUCCUGCAUGUUUCUGCAACUCAGUCCAGUUAUUGAUUGACGCGCACGUUGGUCCUUUAAAGCUAAAGAUCUAAAGAUCUAACGAGGGUUUGUGCAGCAGCAGCAGAGACACUCAGAGCCUCCACGUGAGACACGGUCCCGGCUGGAUGCGCGUGAUGCUGCGGCCGCUCGGAGCGCGCGGGAUGGAGCUCGUGCUGCUGGCCGUCCUGUCCUGGGCGUCCGCGUGGGCAGAGGAGAAGAUCAUCUUUGACAGACACGCCGUCUACUGGAACAGCUCCAACCCCAAGUUCUGGCACGGCGAGUACAGAGUCUCGGUCAACAUAAACGACUAUCUGGACAUCUACUGUCCCUUCUACGACGGGCCGCCCUCUCAUGGCCGCAUGGAGCGUUACAUCCUGUUCAUGGUGAACCACGAGGGCUACACCACCUGCCAGCACCGCAUGAGGGGCUUCAAACGCUGGGAGUGUAACCGGCCCAGCGGCCCCGACGGGCCCCUCCGCUUCUCUGAGAAGUUUCAGCUCUUCACCCCCUUCUCCUUGGGCUUUGAGUUCAGGCCUGGGCAUGAGUACUACUACAUCUCGUCUCCUCAUCCGAACCACGUGGGGCGGGCAUGUCUAAAGCUUAAGGUGUACGUGAGACCACCAGAUGGAUCCGGAUACGACUCUCCGGAGCCCUUCCUCACCGACGGGGGUCCGAGAUGGCGGCCGGUGGGCCCCUCUGCUCUCACAGCCUCCUCUCUGCUCCUGGGACUCCUCCUCUGGCUGUGA